CCGUUAGUCUUUCAGGGGAACAAGAGCAGUGCGUUCAACCGAGAAAAUAGGACAGGGAUAAAUACUUUAGCAUGUUCUACUGGUUAGUUCAGCCAUACAGCCUUAACGUGUAACCAGUUCUCUGUAUGGCUGUAAAGCUUAACGUCGAGAUGUUUUAUUCUGAAUUGUAAACACACCGGAAGUCGUUUUCGUGUAUUCCCGUGUGCUUCACUCUAGUAACUGUCACCAACUUUGACAUUCCCAGAGCUGCUACGCCUCCCCGCUGCGAUCAGACAGAGCUCCAGUCCGGCUAAUCAUUGCACGCAUGUCCGACUUCGUGUUUGAAAUCGCGGAGAAUCCAAACAAUUGGAUUUAAAAAACGAAGAGUGAUGAAACCGGUGAGAUUAACUUCCCCGGCCCUGCCAUCCGCGGAUUUGAGUGUGUGUGCUCAUCCGGAUUCAGACAGAAGGGGGCUUAAAAUCAGGUCGAUUGUGUGGAGGCGGUGGUCACACUUUUCCUCCACGUGGCCACUGUAGUAUCAGUCAAAUCCAUCGCUCAUACUUCUGUGUAACUAAAACAGCCACAUAAAUAGACAUGAUAAAAGAAUAAAAGCCACAAAGAAACCCAAAGCCAUGUCCUGGCAUUGUGUUUUGCUGUAUGUCUGCAUCAUCCUCUCAUCCAUCAUCGUAAUCCUCUUACCAACAAGGAUUUAUGACAGCCACACGACCCCAUAUACAAUCAGUCUGAGUGGGCUAUUAAUUUCUCCACUCUUGACAAAACAGAUUUGCUCUGGCCCGACCCUGUGCUUAAAUCCAUUCAGGCGUCGUGUUUCCAAAAAGGUUAUAACAGUACACACUUAAGCUCGCUUCCUUCCUGUGCAGAGUCUGAAAAAUUGCAAUCCAGCUAUUAUUUUAAGAGCGAUGUUUGUAAAUGAUUAAUCCAAAUUGAAACCCGGAGCCCUUUGCUUUUGCCUUGUUGUGUCAUUUCUGACAUUUUGUAUGCAUUUCUAUGAUUAUUUUUUCCAAUUUAUGUCUUAUUUUGGGUUAGUUUGAGAGUAAUGGAGACUCACUUUUAUUCAGAUUGAUCCCUAGUCUAUUUCUAUAAACAAUUUAGAGCCACUCAAGUCACAUCUAUUCCUUUAUGUUCUUGCUAUACCAUUGCAAUUGUCAGUAAUGCACCUCAUCGCUGGUUGUCAACCACCACAAAAAGAAAAAUCAAUUGAGUGUAACUAUACUGUAACUGUCAUUGGACCUACACUUAUUCUAUUUGCCGAAAAGGAGAGAAAACACACAGCAAAGUUAGAUAUGCAUAUGACUUUCCAUCAUUUCAUUUUUGUCAAAUUUUCCGUAGAUAACGUGAUAAUAACGUAAUCCUGAAUGCUGUAGACCACAAUAAUCGUGUAGUGGAAAUGUGUUGUUGUGACUGCCCUACCCAGGGGGAUACAAUGGAGGAGGAAAUCAGUAAGCAGCAAGAAGUGGGCGUUCCUUUGGUUUAUUAUCUUAAAGGUCUGACAUCGGUGUCACAUCAUUGUUUUUUUUAAUAUAUUUUUCCUUUAAAGAUCUGUAUCUAAAUGAACGUCCUCAGUUGCAAGUCAGCACUUUGUCGGCUCAGCUGUGUGCUGCAGCAGUGUUGUUAUUUAUCCCGCUGAGAAUACAUAAUAUAUUGUUAUGAGCCAGGUGUUCACGUGUAUACGGACACAUAUCAUUACACAACAUUUCCUGCCCUGUUUUUGUCCCCCCGCUGCAUUUGGAAAUCAAUGACACCAGUGUGUAAACACCCAAAGACAAUAACCAUUGUGGCAGAUAACCACAGAUUUGCACCUGUUUGUGUAUCUGUGUGCGAGUCUGUGUGCCGGAGAGAUUUCUGCACGAGUGUUGGUGUCGGAGUGCACAAACACACACACACACGUUUCAGGGCAAUGUGCGAGACUGCUGGAAAUCCCCGAGCCACUCAGAAUGGCUGCUCUCUUCCUGCUCCUCAACUAGAGGCCUAUUGUCCGAUAUGUGUGUGUCCCUGUUGCCAUAGGAAACAAAGUCUGAAGCAUCCACUAGUUUCCAUUGGUUACCCAUUACAUAAAAUACAAACAACACACACACAGCUGUGCUCAUGCAAAUUAUGGCUAAAAGCAACAUUUCAUAAUGCAGUAAUCCGCAUACUGACUGAUCUCAUAUCGGGGUGAAGUCGACAAAGUCGAUAUUAAGCUUGCCAUGUCUGGUCCCACCUGGCUUCCACCGAGAACGCUGGACAGCCCAGAGCGUGCCGUCCCCCAGAUGUCCCACUCUGCCGGGUCAGCGAUCUACCGAGCCCCAAACAAGAAGGGGAUGUCCGACUUCCGGCCAAAAUAUGGCCCCUAUGACCAGAACGGAGGAGGAGGAGGGGGAGGAGGGAUGGCCAACAGAUACAUGGCUACUGGACCCACAGGCGGGCCGGUGCAUCACUCGUCUAGCGAUCACUAUUACUCGCCUCCCCGUGGUCCCAAAGAAGACCGCAACUGGAGCCCUCACAUGGACAGCUACGAGCUGAUGCACCGUGGUCCUGAAAAGCCGGCGAGCUAUCACUCCAAAAUCGACGCCGAAAUUGACUCCCUCACCAGUAUGCUUGCCGAUCUGGACAGCCACCCACAGGACGCCAGCACACAACUGUACGACAAUGUGCCUUACAACAAAUACCUCUCAGGGGAUCAUUACAAACCUGCACACCAGAGCCCAGCCUCUCCUCAGGGCCGGCCAUCCAUGGGCUACCCCCCUCAUCCCCAGAGCCAAUACCACCCCGUGCCCCCUUACCCCAGUGAGCACCAGUCACCUCAGUGCUCCACCUCCCACCAGCAGGACUACUACCCCUCCUCCAACCCUAAGCCCUACCCUCAGCCCGUCCCGGCCUCUUACACCACGGCGUCGACUCCCACCGGGCCCAGGUUCAGCGUCCAGGUCAAGACGGCACAGCCUGUCACCUACUCUCAGACGGGGCGACAGGCGGAGCAGGCGCACACCCCGCCCCCCCCUCGCCAGCACAUGUCGCGCCCCCCUCCCCAGCCUCAGACGAAUCCGCAGGGCUGGUACCCUCCGCAUCAAGCUCAGGAGAUGCACUCUGAGAUGGGGUACAAGGGGAGCGGCUCCGGAUCCGGAGGGAGAGUUAACCAGGUCCAACUGUCCAAGAGAGGGAUGGAGAAUAACCAAACUGGGUCGGGAGCUGCACAAAGUCCUGCUUAUCAGUCCAGCAAGCAGGGGAUAGCAGCGUCCCGGCCCGAGGAAGAGUUGGAGCGACUCACCAAGAAGCUGGUGUACGACAUGAACCACCCCCCUUCCGAGGACUAUUUUGGUCGCUGUGCCCGGUGUGGCGACAACGUGGUGGGUGACGGCAGUGGCUGCAUCGCCAUGGAGCAGGUGUUCCACGUGGAGUGUUUCACGUGCAUCACCUGCCACGCCCGCCUCCGAGGGCAGCCGUUCUACGCCCUCGACAAGAAGAGUUACUGCGAGAGCUGUUACAUUAGUACGUUAGAGCGCUGUUCAAAGUGCUCCAAGCCAAUCCUGGACCGCAUCUUGCGGGCCAUGGGGAAGGCCUACCACCCCCGCUGUUUCACGUGUGUGGUGUGUAACUGCUGCUUGGACGGGGUUCCCUUCACCGUGGACGCAACCUCGCAGAUACACUGCAUAGAUGACUUUCACAGGAAGUACGCGCCUCGCUGUUCAGUGUGCGGCGAGCCCAUCAUGCCCGAUCAGGGCCAGGAGGAGACCGUCAGGAUAGUCGCUCUGGACCGCAGCUUCCACGUCAACUGUUACGUCUGUGAGGAAUGCGGUCUCCUGCUGUCCUCCGAAGGCGAGGGUCGGGGCUGUUACCCGCUGGACGGCCACAUCUUGUGCAAGGGCUGCAGCGCUCGCCGCAUCCAGGACCUCUCGGCCAAAAUCUCCACCGACUGCUGACAGAUCCGUCGCGACUGUGCCACUUUUUUUUCCUUUUUUUUUAAAAGUCCCCCCCUCGCGCUCUUGCAAAUCCAUGAACAGUUACACAUUACACGAUAGCACAGACAAGAAACAUUACAGCUUUGUGCAGAGUUACUUUUUCCUUUUUUCCCCCCACUUGCUUGGUCUGAGUUCUCAUUAGCUUUGCUAUGGGUCCCUCUGGUGGUAUCAGGCAGCAAUUUCAUUUUUAUGUUACUUUGACGUAGCGACCGCCUCCUUCCAUUCAGAAGUCCUACUACAUUUUCUUCCUUUAUUUGGUACACACGUUUAGCUCAGUGAUCAACAGUGGCCUGACCUGCAGGCAGCUUGGGCUCCACUCACCAUUCAUUCACACCGGUACUGCUGAACUGUUAGCUUGCACAUUAUUAUUAUUAUCACUGUCAAAGACGAUGAAAGUAUGGAAGGAUAUCACAGAUUUUGACCUGAAAAGUGGGUGUUUUUUUUCCACAGAAGUGAAAUGAUAAUGAGGAUGACGGCUUGUUUAAAUCCGUCUAAAUGCUGGGACCUGUACAUUUGUAAAACACUACACAUCAAAGUGCAGAACUGCCUCAAAUCAAGCAUAUUAAAAGCACAUAAUGAAACAACUGUGACUGUACAUAACGGGGCUGGUUUGGUUCGACAAUGAAACUGUUGCCAACUGUUUUUGGGAAAGCAUGUAGCCUUUAGUGCGGUGAAUCUUUGCAGAGUAGUAGCCUCCCUAGCGAGAGAAAUGUAGACGACAGGAAUGUGUAGUUAGCUUUACAACACCAGACGUUAUUAUUUUUUUUCUCGUUCUUUCCUUUAGCUUUUUAUUAAAAUGCUAGUACAAUAUUUGCUAGAACAAUUCUCUCGUCUGUACGUCGCUCGAACAUCCGCGUUCUUUAAGCUCAUAACAGGAUUUUUUUUUUUUUUUUUUUUUGCCGUUACAUAAUCAUCCAAAAUAACGUUUUUGAAUGUCUACGGGGAAAAACUAGAAUCUUGCUUUCCUUUUUGUUUAACAUGUGUUGUUGGUCGAUACUUGACUGUUACAUUGAAGGCGAUGGUGCAAUGAAGUCAAAUGCUUUCUUCUGUCAAAGGAAAACAGGGUGUUGGUUACUAAUGCAGCUUAAAAACAUCCUAUUGUGUGACGCUUGAGCCCCAUGUGAAGUGUUUGUACACGUGCCAUAUUGGGAGUAAGGACACUAAAGUGAUAAUCAGUUGAAAUAGUAAACAAAUUCUUCCACACAGUUUAUUCUUUAUGUUAAUGAAAUAAAAGUGGAAUUUAAUGUGAUUUUCACCAUUUUAAAAAAACAAAACAAAAAAAAACUGAUUUCGCAGUACAACUCUUCACUUGAUUUUUGCACUCUCGUGGGCCAAGUUGUCAUUAUAUCUGAGAUUUUGGAGCAACAGUAUUUGUUAUAUUUGUGUUUAACCUCUUGUCUUUCCGUCCUGCCUUUUUUUUUGUAAAUGUGUAAGUUAAAGGGCUAGAAAUUUGAAAGCCUUACCUCAAGGAUGUCACUCAGUUUCAUAAUAAUCCUUUUUUUUUUUUUUUUUUUGGAAACUGGGUUUGUCUGUGAAUUCUGCUUUUUGUUGUGACAGAACUUGAUCAUGCUUAAACGGUUCAUCUCUUGUUAAUUUAUCAUGGUGUGUGUGUGUGUGUGUGUAUAUACUGUGUUAGCGUUAAUCUGCUUUUUAUCAACAUAACCAUUUCAUUCAUGCGCAGAUGUGUCAUUUUUUAAAAUCCUGACUCAUUUCA